CUUUAGAGUCAAUAUAUGCCAAGUGCCUGUAAGCUGCAGGAGAAUUGAUUUGCACAAUGAGAUAUUAACUAGCCCGGAAAAAAGAAUGCAUGUCAGUUAAUUACUUAAGCAAUGAGAUAUUAUCACUUCAUCGUUGAAGGGAAACACUGAGCAAUUCGCAGACAAACAUGGCUAAUACCAGUGCCUCUGUUCAACUUCUUUUUCUUGUCAUUUUGUCCUCGGGUUUUGUUUUCCAUGUAACUCUUCAACCAGGCUCCUGCCAGGGUGAUCACCAUGGAGGCUGCAUUGAAACUGAGAAGGUAGCUCUUCUCAAGUUCAAACAAGGCCUUACAGAUCCUUCUCAUCGGCUCUCAUCUUGGGUAGGGGAAGACUGCUGCAAAUGGAGAGGCGUCGUCUGCAACAACAGGAGUGGACAUGUCAUCAAACUCAAUCUGCGUAGUCUUGAUGAUGAUGGAACAUCUGGCAAGUUGGGCGGUGAGAUUAGUCUUUCUUUGCUUGAUUUGAAAUAUUUGAAUCACUUAGACCUCAGCAUGAAUAAUUUUGAAGGGACUCGAAUCCCAAAGUUCAUUGGUUCACUGGAAAGGCUGAGAUAUCUCAAUCUCUCCGGUGCCUCCUUCAGUGGACCAAUUCCUCCACAACUUGGAAAUCUUUCCAGGUUAAUCUACCUUGACCUCAGGGAAUACUUUGAUUUCAACACAUACCCUGAUGAGUCAAGCCAGAAUGAUCUUCAAUGGAUAUCGGGUCUUUCUUCUUUAAGACACCUUAAUUUAGAAGGAAUCAAUCUAAGUAGAGCUUCUGCUUAUUGGCUUCAAGCUGUUAGCAAGCUUCCUUCUCUUUCGGAGUUGCAUCUAUCUAGUUGUGGACUUUCCGUCCUCCCUCGUUCUCUCCCAUCUUCCAAUCUUUCAUCCCUUUCAAUACUUGUUCUCUCCAACAAUGGAUUCAACUCCACAAUACCCCACUGGUUAUUCCGGAUGAGAAAUCUUGUGUAUCUUGAUCUCAGCUCCAACAAUCUUCGAGGGUCAAUUUUAGAAGCAUUUGCAAACAGGACUUCUCUUGAAAGAAUAAGACAGAUGGGUAGUCUCUGCAACUUGAAAACACUGAUCCUUUCUGAGAACAAUUUCAAUGGGGAAAUAACUGAACUGAGUGACGUUUUUUCUGGGUGCAACAACAGUAGCUUAGAGAAGCUGGAUCUGGGAUUCAAUGAUCUGGGUGGUUUUCUUCCUAAUUCACUAGGAAACAUGUACAACUUGCGGUCUCUUCUGCUCCGGGAGAAUUUAUUUCUAGGCUCAAUUCCGGAUUCAAUAGGAAAUUUGUCUAAUUUGAAAGAGCUGUACCUCUCCAACAAUCAAAUGAAUGGGACCAUUCCAGAAACUCUUGGGCAACUAACAGAGUUGGUUGCCAUAGAUGUCUCUGAGAAUUCAUGGGAAGGUGUCCUAACAGAAGCCCAUUUGUCAAAUCUCACAAACUUAAAGGACUUGUCCAUCACUAAAUAUUCAUUGUCUCCAGACCUAAAAUUGGUUAUCAAUAUCAGUUCUGACUGGAUUCCUCCUUUUAAGCUCCAAUACAUCAAGUUGAGAUCAUGCCAAGUGGGUCCUAAGUUUCCAGUUUGGCUUAGAAAUCAAAAUGAGCUUAACACUCUAAUACUCAGGAAUGCUCGAAUUUCAGACACCAUACCAGAGUGGUUUUGGAAGUUAGACUUGCAGUUGGUUGAACUGGACUUGGGCUAUAAUCAAUUAAGUGGCAGAAUUCCAAACUCAUUAAAGUUUGCUCCCCAAUCCACCGUUUAUUUGAACUGGAACCAUUUUAAUGGUUCUCUGCCACUUUGGUCAUAUAACGUGAGUUCCCUAUUUUUGAGUAAUAAUUCAUUUUCUGGACCGAUUCCUCGGGAUAUUGGGGAAAGAAUGCCCAUGCUGACGGAGUUAGAUCUCUCUCAUAACUCUCUAAAUGGCACCAUUCCCUCGUCCAUGGGUAAACUGAAUGGUUUAAUGACUCUGGAUAUCUCAAACAAUCGUUUGUGUGGAGAAAUUCCCGCAUUUCCUAAUCUAGUGUAUUAUGUAGACUUGUCAAACAACAACUUAUCUGUUAAGCUGCCAAGUUCUCUGGGUUCUCUAACGUUUCUUAUAUUUUUAAUGCUGAGCAACAAUCGUCUUUCCGGGGAACUUCCUUCUGCCUUGCGGAAUUGCACAAACAUCAAUACUCUUGAUCUAGGAGGCAACAGAUUUUCAGGAAAUAUUCCAGAAUGGAUUGGACAAACAAUGCCAAGGCUAUUGAUUCUACGCCUGCGUUCAAAUUUGUUUAAUGGAAGCAUUCCGUUGCAAUUGUGCACUCUUUCUUCUCUUCAUAUAUUGGAUCUUGCACAAAAUAAUCUGUCAGGAUAUAUUCCCUUUUGUGUGGGGAAUUUGAGUGCUAUGGCAUCUGAAAUUGACUCUGAGAGAUAUGAGGGACAAUUGAUGGUGUUGACGAAAGGAAGGGAAGAUCAAUAUAAAAGUAUCCUCUAUCUUGUGAAUAGCAUAGACCUAUCGAACAAUAGCCUAUCUGGAGAUGUGCCUGGAGGGCUAACAAAUCUUUCAAGGUUGGGCACUUUGAACUUGUCUAUGAACCAUUUGACAGGAAAAAUACCAGACAACAUUGAGAGCUUACAACGGUUGGAAACUCUGGACCUCUCAAGAAACCAGCUUUCUGGUCCAAUUCCACCAGGUAUAGCUUCUUUGACUCUCUUGAAUCACUUGAACCUGUCCUAUAACAACCUGUCAGGUAGAAUUCCAACAGGCAACCAGCUGCAAACCCUGGAUGAUCCAUCAAUAUACAGGGACAACCCUGCACUAUGUGGGCGUCCAAUAACAGCUAAGUGCCCUGGUGAUGAUGGAACCCCUAACCCUCCCAGUGGAGAAGGUGAUGAUGACGAUGAAGAUGGAGCUGAUGUUGAAAAGAAGUGGUUCUACAUGAGCAUGGGAACAGGAUUUGUGGUGGGGUUUUGGGGAGUUUGUGGCACCUUAGUAGUAAAGGAGUCAUGGAGACACGCCUAUUUUAAGCUUGUCUAUGACAUCAAAGAGUGGCUGCUUCUGGUUAUCCAACUGAAUGUAGCCCGUCUCCAAAGGAAACUGAAUUUGGGAAGAAGCCAGCAUCGUACUUGAACAAGCUUUUUACAAGUUCCUUGAAUAAAUGAAUGCUCCUAUGUAGUUUACACCCUUCUGAAAUAUGAAGUUCUAAUUCCAAGUUUAUCUAAU